AUAACAAUAUAAGAUAUUUUAUUGUUUUAUCGCUGAUUUUAUUUAGAAUUUAGGAUUUAGGACUUAAUUUUUUAUGAAAUUACCGUCUUAUACCUACCCACAGAAUCGCUUGUGCCCAUAAACUCAAUAUAAAUCUAAAUUUUUACAUUUUCUUUCGGUUAUGCGGAUCGGAACGGAGUGAAAUUUAGAACGCAGUUUUUGUUAAUGGAAUGUCCCACUUAAAAACAAAUUUAAAUAAAAAAACAGAAACGUAAUCAAAUGACGGUGUCAUGCUAAUUAUAUUUACAAGAAAUGUAGUUAAAAAUUAUGGGGUUAUCAAAAGUUCAGCUGAAUCCAUACCUACCACUUUUUCAAGGAGAAAAUAGUGAGUAAAGCAGUGCAAACCGUGCAAAGAACAAACCUACCUUAUGAUAUGUGUCGCUCUCAGUUGUCAAAGAGAUAUUUUAAGGUUAGCACAUACUUUUACAACCUUUGGCACGAAAGUCAAAAUAAAAAUGAAAAAUUAUGUUUGCCAAGUACCUGAAUUAGCGAGGACAAAUGUUCAUAUAAAAAACAAAGAACUAGUUAAUCAAAAAAUUAAAAAUUUAAUUGAAGGAGGUUUCGAUAAAUUGCAAGUUGUUUCGGAUUUUGAUAAAACCCUCACUAAACAACACCAAAAUGGAAAAAUGCACCUCAGCAGUUUUGGUAUAUUUAGUUGUUGUCCAUCAGUCACAGAAGAACAUACGAGAUUCAGCACUGAGCUAAAUAAAAAAUAUGCACCUUGUGAAGUUGAUCCCACUAUUUCGAAACCUGAAAAAACGAAACUUAUGGAAGAAUGGUGGUCUUUAUCAGAAGAUUCCCUGAGAGGUUUAUCUGUAAGUCAAAAAGAAAUUGAAGAAGUAUGUGGACAGUUGGGGCCAGAAUUGAGGGAUGGCACAAAAGAACUAUUUGAUCAACUUCAACAAGCAGAUGUACCCGUUUUAGUUUUUUCAGCAGGUCUUGGUGAUACAGUCAAAGCUGUGAUGAAACAUUUUGAUGUAAAUCUCCCAAAUGUAGAGGUGAUUUCAAAUUUUUUGAAAUACGAUAACGAAGGUAGGAUUAUGGGUUUCAAAAACACCACCAUACAUGUCUACAAUAAAAACGAGGUCGCCAUCAAAGGUACAGAAUUUUACAAGAGAAUAGAAGAUAGAGAGAACGUAAUUUUAAUGGGCGAUUCACUGGGAGAUGCAAAUAUGGUAGAAGGUAUGGAAACAAUACGAACUGUACUAAAGAUUGGGUUCCUUUAUGAAAGGAGUGAAGAGGCACUACCGGACUACCUGGACACAUUCGACGUCGUCUUAGUGGAUGAUCAAACGAUGGAUCUGCCGAUGGCAAUUUUAGAUUUAAUCAAAAAGUCAUUAAAUAAUUUAGGAGAUGGAAAAGCAUAAAUUCUCAUUUUAGAUCUGAUACAAAUAAACAUAUAUUGUAAAAAAAUAGUAAAAUACUUUAUUUUUGUUUUAUUAUUAACACCACAUUUCUGAUUUUUAGUUGAUUUAUUUAUUUUUUACAAUAAAUUAUUUUUUAUUUGAAGUUUUCUAAAUAGA